GCGAUUGGGCAGGCGGGGCCCGGAGGGUGACGUCACGGGCUCCGGUCCCGGCGGCAGAAAUAGGGCAGCCGCGGCGGCGGUGGUACGACAGCGGCGGCUCACAGAGCUGGAGCCGAGACAGCCUCCAGCGCGCCCGGGACCCGCCGACAGCCGGAGACACCGACCGAAGGACGCGGGGCCCGGUCGCCGCCACCGCCGCCGCGGAUCGCGCCCGUCCGCCUUCGGACACCUUGUCUUCCUUCGGCCCCGGCCACCUCAGACUGAACGAAAUGAAACCAGGACACUUAUGGCUGCAUCUCACGCUGCUUGGGGUUUCCCUGCCAGCUGCACUGGGGUGGAUGGAUCCAGGAACCAGCAAAGGCCUGAACAUGGGUGUAGGUGACUCACAGGCAGAGGAGUCCAGAAGCUUUGAAGUCACAAGAAGAGAAGGACUUUCUGGCCACGACGGGCUGCCAGCAUCCUGUGGGAAGAAGUUCUGCAGCCGUGGGAGCAGGUGCAUGCUCAGCAGAGAGACGGGGGAGCCCGAAUGCCGGUGCCUGGAGGCAUGCAGGCCUAGCUACAUGCCUGUGUGUGGCUCCGAUGGGAGGUUUUAUGAGAACCAUUGUGAGCUCCACCGUGCUGCUUGCUUGCUGGGGAGGAAGAUCGUCAUCGUCCGCAGCAAGGACUGCUUCCUUAAAGAUGACCCGUGCAGCAUGGCCGACUAUGCCCGCCUGAAGAAUGUCCUUCUGGCGCUCCAGGCCCGCCGGCGGCCACUCCCAGAUGGGGACAGCCGACAAGACCCUGCCUCUCAGAAGCGCCUCCUGGUGGAAUCUCUAUUUGCAGACUUGGAUGCAGAUGGUGACGGCCACCUCAGCAGCUCGGAACUGGCUCAGCACGUGCUGAAGGAGCAGAACCUGGAGGAGGGCUUCCUGGGAUGCUCACCGGGCGACCUCCUCCGAUUUGAUGACUACAACAACGAUGGCUCCCUGACCCUCCACGAGCUCUACACAGCUUUCCAGGUGGUUCAGCUUACCCUCGCCCCUGAGGAUAGGGUCAGCGUGGCCACAGUGACCGUGGGGCUGAGUACGGUGCUGACCUGCGCCAUCCGCGGAGACCUGCGACCACCCAUCGUCUGGAAGCGCAAUGGGCUUACCCUCAACUUCGUGGCCUUGGAAGACAUCAAUGACUUCGGAGAGGAUGACUCCCUCUACAUCACCAAGGUGACCACCAUCCACAUGGGCAACUACACCUGCCACGCCUCCGGCCAUGAGGAGCUCUUCCAGACCCACGUCCUGCAGGUGAAUGUCCCGCCAGUCAUCCGUGUGUACCCGGAGACCCAGGCGCAGGAGCCCGGGGUGGCAGCCAGUCUGAAGUGCCAUGCAGAGGGCAUUCCUAUGCCCAGAAUCACUUGGCUGAAAAACGGCAUGGACGUCUCAACCCAGAUGUCGAAACAACUCUCCCUUUUAGCCAACGGGAGCGAACUCCACAUCGGCAGUGUUCGGUAUGAAGACACGGGGGCGUAUACCUGCAUUGCCAAAAAUGAAGUGGGUGUGGACGAGGAUAUCUCCUCACUUUUCAUCGAAGACUCUGCUAGAAAGACCCUUGCAAACAUUCUGUGGCGAGAGGAAGGCCUUAGUGUGGGAAACAUGUUCUAUGUCUUCUCUGACGAUGGCAUUAUCAUCCUGCACCCCACGGACUGUGAGAUCCAGAGGCACCUCAAACCCACUGAGAAGAUCUUCAUGAGCUACGAAGAAAUCUGUCCUCAAGUGGAAGGAAAUGGCACCCAGUCAUGCCAGUGGGCAUCGGCAGUGAACAUCAGGCACCGGUACAUAUACGUGGCCCAGCCAGCACUGAACAGGGUCCUCGUGGUUGAUGUGCAAGCCCAGAAAGUCCUACAGUCCAUAGGUGUGGACCCUCUGCCAGCUAAGCUGUCCUAUGACAAGUCUCAUGACCAAGUGUGGGUCCUGAGCUGGGGGGAUGUGCACAAGUCCCAACCAAGCCUCCAGGUGAUCACAGAAGCCAGCACCGGCCAGGGCCAGCACCUUAUCCGCACACCGUUUGCAGGAGUGGAUGACUUCUUCAUUCCUCCAACAAACCUCAUCAUCAACCAUAUCAGGUUCGGCUUCAUCUUCAACAAGUCUGAGCCCGCAGUUCACAAAGUUGACCUGGAAACACUGGUGCUGCUCAAGACCAUCAGCUUGCAGAGCCACGGCUGUGUACCACAGGCCAUGGCCCACACCCACCUGGGCGGCUACUUCUUCAUCCAGUGCCAACAGGAUGGCCCCGCUUCUGCUGCCCCCCAGCUGCUGCUCGACAGCGUCACGGACUCCGUGCUCGGCCCCAAUGGUGACGUGACUGGCACCCCACACGUGUCCCCCGACGGGCGCUUUGUGGUCAGCACUGCUGCCACCAGCCCCCAGCUGCACGUGCAGGAGAUCACGCUGCAGGGGGAGAUCCAGACUCUCUCUAGCCUGACAAUAAGCCAGGGCAUCUCCGACGUGGCCUUCCAGCACUCCUUCACCCACGGCGAUCAGUACUACAUCUACGCCCCCCUCGAGACAGAGCCAGACCUGCUGUUCCUGGAGCUGUCCACGGGGAAGACGGGCAUGCUCAAGAACUUGAAGGAGCCGCCCACGGGGCCCGCAUGGCCUUGGGGAGGGCCCCGCAGGAUCGUGAGGGACAGCGGGCUCUUCGGACAGUUCCUGCUCAUCCCCGCCCAAGAGUCGCUGUUUCUCGUCAACGGGAGACAAAACGCUCUGCGGUGUGAGGUGUCGGGCGUAAAGCGUGGGACCACAGUGGUGUGGGUGGGCGAGGUAUGAAGGAGCCCAGGGCAGAGCCCUGGGCCACCAAGCACUGUCGAGUCCUCACACCGCAGCCCCAAGCAGGCGCCCUGUACAUUUUCACGGACAAAAGCAAAACCUGUAUCUGCUCUGUGGUUCAACACUGGCCUCCUUGCAAGUUUCCUAGUAUAAGGUAUGCGCUGCUAACCAGAUUGGGGUUUUUCGUUGGGAAGUAUGAUUUAUGCCUUGAGCUACGGUGAGAACACACGCUGCUGUGUAAAGGAAUCAUUUCUGUGCCCAGCUACACGCCAUGUUUCCUGGGGAACGCUGCGGAACCAAGAGCUCCUGCUUUCCAGGCUGACACUUGUGUCGGUUGCCUUCAUGUACUCAUUGUCCGUCACAGCUGGGUCCAGCCCACCUCCCCCCGAUGGAGUGGCCCCGAAGCCGGGCCUGGAAACUCAGUGCGAGCCCUGGCUUUCGCUCCAGGCAUGAGAGCCACGUCUGCCCUCAUUCCGGACCUUCUUUUCUCCUGCGCAGCCGCUUCAUGCUUUUUUUCCAUGUGACUUGGUGUAAGCCUGAGGGAGAUCCAGCCAGACUUCUUGCGUCUUGGGGGAUGGGGAAAUCACUUACUUUAUUUUGGAAAUUUUGAUUAAAAGAUAAUUUUUUAUAAUCUCAAAUGCUAGUAAGCAGAAA